AUGAGAAUUAGAGAUGGGAACACUGCUAGAAUUUGGAAGGAUAUAUGGGUGCCUGGACAUCAAGCCUUCAAGAUAGAAAUGGUUCUUAGUGAUGAGAUAGAUCUGUUAGUGAAGGUUGCAAGCCUAAUUGAUAGCCAAUUGAGGUGGUGGGGUGUUGAGCAGGUUAGAGCUAUCUUCAAUCCAAAUAUUGAUGCUGAUAUUUUGAAAAUUGUUCUAAGUCCUGAUAGGUAUGAGGAUACAUUUACUCUUGUUGUCUCUGUUAAACGUGUUGCAAGGCAAAUUUUGGAUGAUGGAGACUCAUCACAGCUGGUAAGAUUCUUUCUCAUUGCAUGGGCCUUCUGGUAUAGGCAUAAUAAGCUGGUUUAUGAGCAGGCUAAGCUGUCUCCAGAGUCUGUGAUUAAUCAUGCACAGAGUCUGCAGAAUUCUAUUUCAUCCUUCAUUAAGACACCAGGUUUGAAACCUAUUCCAUGCUGGAAUGCUCCUCCCACAGGUUUCUUUAAACUAAAUGUGGAUGGGGUAAUAUUCUUUGACUAUCAAAAGGCAGGUGUGGGUGUUGUAGUAAGGGAUGAGAAUGGUCAGGUUGUCAUGACAGUUAGCAAAUCAGAACAUGAGGUGAUAGAAGCUGAAUCAGUGGAAUUAUUGGCAAUGUUUAGAGGAUUGCAGUUUAGCUCUCAACUGGGAAUAAAUAAGAUCAUCUUAGAAAUUGACAACUUGCUCUUAGUCGAGACUUUACAAGCAUCUGAGGAAUCCUUAUCAAUGCUAGGUAACCUCAUCUCUGAGGUGAAGAAUAUGCUAAAGCAGUUCCAAGAACAUCAGGUACAACAUGUUUCAUGCAUGGGGAAUCAAGUAGCUCACUUUUUAGCUAGACACGCUUGGAGAGUACAAGAUGUGGAGAUGUGGAUGCAUUUUGUUCCAUUUUUUGUUGCUCAAUACAUUUGGUUGGACAAUUCUCAUUUGUAA